GGCUAAGGCGGCCGGAAGUCGGCGGCCAUAGACGCGGUUUAUCCGCGACGGUCUAGAGACUGCUUGGCGUAGUGGGAGGUACUUGGAUCUUUCAAAAUGGGUGAACCUCAGCAAGUGAGUGCACUCCCUCCACCACCAAUGCAGUACAUCAAGGAAUAUACAGAUGAAAACAUCCGGAAAGGUCUAGCUCCUAAGCCUCCACCUCCAAUAAAGGACAGUUAUAUGAUGUUUGGCAAUCAGUUCCAGUGUGAUGACCUUAUCAUCCGCCCUUUGGAAAGUCAGGGCAUUGAACGACUUCACCCUAUGCAGUUUGAUCAUAAGAAAGAACUAAGAAAACUCAAUAUGUCUAUUCUUAUUAACUUUUUAGAUCUUCUAGAUAUUUUGAUUAGGAGUCCUGGAAGCAUAAAACGAGAGGAAAAGCUAGAAGACCUAAAGCUGCUUUUUGUCCAUGUGCAUCAUCUUAUAAAUGAAUACCGACCCCACCAAGCAAGGGAGACGCUCAGAGUCAUGAUGGAGGUACAGAAAAGGCAGCGCCUUGAAACAGCAGAAAGAUUUCAGAAGCACUUGGAACGAGUUAUUGAAAUGAUCCAGAAUUGCCUGGCUUCUUUACCAGAUGAUUUGCCUCAUACAGAAGGAGGAAUGAGGUUAAAAACUGAGCCAAUGGAUACUGAUGACAGCAAAAAUUGUAUUGGACAAAAUGAGCAUCGAGAAAAUUCUAGUCACAGAAGAGACCAGAUUAUAGAGAAAGAUGCUGCUUUGUGUAUCUUAAUUGAUGAAAUGAAUGAAAGGCCAUGAAGUCUUUUAAAUUUUGUUGUACAAACUUUUGGGGGUGGGGUGGGGUUAUGUAUCCAAAAAUUGUAUGGCAUUGUCUUGCUUGAUACUCUUGAAACUUGUAUAGAAAUAUAAAUUUGUCUGAUCAUGACCUUAUACAUUUAUAAGGUGGGAAUUUUUUUUUCAAACAUAAGUUCUUAACAACUAGUGAACAAAACAGGUGAAGUGUUGCCUAAUGGCUUAAGCUGAAUCCACAGAUUUACUUUUUAAAAAUAGAGUGCAGUUGACACUUUACUGAAGAGAACUAAAUAUAUCUAAGUUAGGUUGCAAUCAGUUCUCUUCUUUUCAUUUUUAUUUUUGUUGGACAUGCACAAAUAAGGUUAUAUUUUGAGCCAGAGAAAAUGCCCCAUAGCAUGUUAGAGUUUGUAAUUAACAUUUAAAUAAUUUUAAAGUGAGUUUAAUCAUAAUUUGAGUAAAGUUUUUUCAAGUUAUUUGUAGUUUGUAUUCAUAAAAAUUUAAUCAGUAAAGUAUCAUGAAGCAAAUAUUUAUUUUAAAACUAUACAAUUUGGAAUAACUUUCCCAAGAAAAAAAAACUUGAGUGGACUGAAUUCAGACCUCUUUUUUCCCCUCUUUGGUCUUUUGUGUGUCAGAUUCACGAUUUGAAAGAAUUUCGAGUUCUGUUAUCUCUGUGAACCUAGAAAUAGCUGUUAUGAUAGUACUUUGUGAAUAUAAAACCACUUAUAAAUCCAUUAAUAUGAUAAUGAAUACUAAAAGUUCAGAUAUAUUCAUGGUUGACUGGGGUGGCUGAAGUAAUCUAAAAACAUGAUUUUAACUGAGCUUUAGGUUUUACUUUUUUGUCAGAGUAAAAUUGAGUUUUAUCUCUUCUUGCCUUCUUAAAGUAAAAUCGCAAAAUAGUGGGCACCCAGGAAGAAAAGUAAGAAUUUGUAAAUUGUAAUAUUAGCUACUCGGUACUGGAUGCAUUUCAACUGCUCUGAAAAAGUAAACGAAAUUAGGAAGCUAGAAAUUUCCUGCAACAAAGUAGCUUCCAGAUUUUUUCCAGUUUUACAACACAUUCUGAUAAUAUUGCACUCCAGUAUUGCAUACAAGUAGAAUUUGAAAGCUAAAAGGCAUCGGCAUUAUUUCCCCCAAAGUUGUUGAAAUUCAAUAAAAACUCAUGUAUAUUACAAUACAAAGCAAUAAAAACACAGACCUCUCUUCUAAUCUCUUAUUCCAAUUCCUGCAGUCCCAAAUGUGGAGGAGGAAAGUCUCCCAACACCCAGACCAAAUAUAGGACUUGGGUGGUCUGGGAAGGGAGGACUGGUCCAGGGCCUGGGGUCAGAUGAUAUUAGUACAGAAGGAGCAGGUAGGAUGAGAGGUACCUCAGGAGGCUGUAAUGUAACUGAAAUGAUUUUGGUCCCCCCUCAUCAGGGCCAGACUGGGCUUCCACACUAAACUCUUCAUCUGGGUAAGAUGGAAUAGAACGAGGAUUGAAGUCUGAAAUCAAGUAACAUGUCACGAAUAACUGGACAAUGGGCUUCAGGAACCAUGCCCACCUCUAGCAGAUUUUUUCAUGCCACCAUGUGCAAAGGGCUCCAAGUACGGAGCACAUAGCUCUGUGUGGUGGGACAAGGGAUUGAGGGCACUGAGUCUUAGUACUGCCAAGGGAGGGAGGCAGGUCAACAGGAGUCUCAUUUGUAUAUAAAAAGGUUUGGGGGCUGCAUAAUAAAUUUAAUAAAUAUGUAGAAGUUGGGCAGACUGGGAAAUGAUGGUCCCUGAUAGACCUUAAUAUUCUUACACACACUUCUUUAUGCCUGUUCCUCAUCUGUAAAAUGGAGAUAAUAGUGGCACUGUCUUCUAAAGUUGUCAAAUUGUUCCAUUUGGCCUUGGAGAGUCAAAAGCAAUGAGUAUAAUUUGUAAAGAGACAAAUUGAGGCUUGAUGUUGGAAAAAAAUUCUUAAUGAUUAAGAGUUGUCCCAAAGUGAGAUGGUCUGCCUUGGGAGGCAGUAAGUAGCUUUCCAAGCUUUUUCCCCCAACUCUUUCCUCCCCUAUCAAAUCAGUCACCAGGUCCAGUUGAUUGCAACUUUAACAUAUCCCUCUAAUGCAACUCAUGCUCCCAAUUUCCUCUGCCACGUCUCAAGCACAAGCCCACAUUAUCUUCGAGCUGCUUUACUUCCUUUACCUCCUGUCAGGCUUUCCCACCUCCACCCUUUCCCCCUCCAGUCGGUUUCUCAUAAUGCUAGAAUAAUCUGGUCAUGUACUCUCCUCAAAAAUCUUCAGUGGCUCCCUAUUUCCUCCCUAGUGAAGUUUAAACUCCCCUUUCUAAUAUUCAAAACCCUCCACAUUAUACUAUUACCUUCCCUUUUCAGCCUCACCUCCUGUUGCUUCCCUCCAUGCGUUGUGUGUUCUAGCCAAGCUGAAUUACCCACUUGCCUCCCUGACCAGCCACAUCUCAAUGAUUUUCCCCAACUUUCCCUUGGUGCCUGGAAUAUUAGCAGUAAUGUUCUCUCUCCCAUCUCGCAUAGCACUCUAUUUUAAAACUCUCUUAAUGUACUUUUCAUGUGAUACUGGGUUAUUCCCUGCUCAAUAACCUUAUUUUCUCCAGAAUCAAAUAUAAACUCAAAUUCCUCUAUUUGGCAUUUAAAGCUCUUCACAACAUGGUCUCUUCUUAUUCUUCCAGAUUUCUUACACGUUUCUCCCCUCCAUACACUCUGUGGUCCAGACAUACCGGUCUGCUUGCUGUUCCUCACCUAUGAUGCUAUGUCUUCCAUCUCUUCUUUUUCACCAGUGGUCCCCAUGCCUGGAGUUUUCUCUCUCCUCACUUCCACCUCCAAUUUCCCUUGCUUUCUUCAAGACUCAGCUCAAAAAUCACCUGUAGGAGGAGGCCUUUCCUGGAGGCCCCAGCUGUUAGUGAAGUAGAAGACAUAUAGUGCCCUAAAAGCUAAAAGCUUUUUAAAGAAACAAAUUUUAAUUAACAGUUGUUUUUCCAGCUCCUUGUGAGACCCCUCCGGAACUUGAAGGCGUCGUAGAGUCUCUUUCCCUUAUCUUGAGAUACCAUAAAACUUCCCCCCUAUCCUGGACCAUAAAACUUCCUUGUCUCCCUCAUCCUGAGUCAUAAAAUUUCCCAUCUUCCUUAUCCCGAGUCCUUAUUCUGCCAUCCAUCUUCCUCAUUCUGUGUCAUGUAAGAUAUCUUGUAAGAUAAAGUAGACCCCUAUCCCUCUGUAAAAUUUGCUAGCUCUCUUUCUAGAGCUAGCCCCCUGCUUUUGCAUCAAUAAAGCUCCCAAUGGUUACA